AUGCCGCUGGCAGUCGUGAUGAUGAAGCUCAUCCUGACCAUGGCGGGGCGGAAGCUCAUCAGAAAUCCCAUUACCUAUUCCACCUUGAUCGGCCUCAUCUGGUCUCUCGUCAAAUUCAGGUGGGACUUGGAGCUCCCUAGGAUCAUAGAUAAGUCCUUGGAAUUGAUCCAGAAUACUGGCCUCGGCAUGGCCAUGUUCGGCCUCGGUCAUCUGUUCAUGGCGUUGCAAUCGAGAAUCAUAGCAUGCGGAUACAAGGUCACGAUAUACGGCAUGGUCCUGAAGUUCCUCCUCGGCCCGGCCGUCAUGGCCGCCGCGCCCUCCGCGACAUUCGGCCUACACAGCGACCUCUUGUGGAUCGCCAUUGUCCAGGCAGCUCUACCUUGUGGCAUUGUUCCCUUUGUGUUCGCGAAAGAGUACAAUUUGCACGCGGACAUUCUCAGCACAGCAGUGUUCAUUGGGAUGAUCGUUACUGUGCCCGUAGCUCUGGUUUACUACAUCCAUUUGGGCCUAUGA